GGCUCUUUUUAGGCAGGGACUAGCCGCUUGUAUGAACUACUCCAGUUUAGGACGAACAAAAACUGCAUACAAAGUAAAAAAAGGUUUUAGCAUUGACAUUGCUAAAGGCUCUAGCAUUGACCAUAGGGUUUUGAAACCUGUGGCGGCUAUCGCAGGGCAGUGUGCAAUCGUUUAUAAGUCUAGGCUGACAAUGACUCCAAAGUCAUUGUGUCUGAACGAAAAGCAGCUUAGUGUUAUUCACCAUACAUUUAUUUGUACCUUGGUGGCCAAUAUGCAUCACAUUGCACUUGGAUGCAUCUAAAGGCGGCUGCAAAACUAUAGACCAUUCAGAUAAUUUCUUCAGGUUAUUUUGAGGCUCUCGACCGUAACCUUCACCUUUUAUCGUCUCCCAUAUUUCGACAUCGUCAGCAUGCAACAAGACCGGUAGUGAUAGGAGACUAGGGAUAAAUUUUAUAUACAGGAGGAAUAACAGUGACCCUGAAACUCUACUCUGAGGCACUCCACUAGUCACAAAGUCCCAGCUAAACAACUUUCGGGUUCACCAGUACCCUUUAUUGACGCCCAACAAGGAAGUCUUUUAAUCACAUAAGUAAAUUUCCCUUGAUCCCGAUAUCACUUAGCUUAGAUAACAGUCGGUUGUGAUGAGCUUUGUUAAAAACCGUGCUGAAGUCGAUAUAGGAUACAUCUAUAAAUAACUUUUGAUCUUCAAGAGCACACAAACAUUCAUGGACUGGCAAUAAGCUUGGGAGACAUGAAUGGCCUGUUUUAAAAUCAUGAUGCUUUCUGGAAAAAAAUCCUGCUUUCAUCAAGAUACUGAAACAACUUCUUUUGAAUAAUCCUUCCUAAAACUAUAACAACCAGGCUUGGUAAGCUUGCUGGUCAAUAGUUUGCAGGUUUGUGUCUUAUACCUGUUUUGAAGGCUGAACUCACUAUAGAAUUCUCCCAGUCUUUUGGUAAUCUACCUUGAUUUACGGAUAGAUUAAAACGUGUUUAGUAAUUAGAAACAAACUUUGUUAACACCUUUGGUAACCUAGGGUGCAUUUCAUCGGGUCUCGUAGAUUUGUCUUUAUCAAGUUUACUUAGCAGACCAAAGACGUCGAGUUCUUUGAUAAUUACAAUGUGUAGGGUGUGUAAGGGGCUCUGUACGAGCUGAAAUGGAAUCUCUACGGUACAUGCAUUUCUAAAGUAAUUUCAGAAUAUCUGAGCCUCACAAUGAUGGCCGCAGUAUAACUGUCCCCACCCAUGGUACUGGAAUAAUUCCCCUUCACUUAGUCCUUUGAUUUAUGUACAAGUAUAAGCGUUCAGGGUAUUCUAUGAACUUUUUAACAAGCUUUUCUCCGUACAGACUUCUAGACACGCGGAGGACUGAGUUACAAACAUUUAGAGCUUUCGGAUAUUGGGAUUUUGUCUCGUCAGUACACAGUAACCUAAAUCUUUUCCAUAUUCUCUUACGGAGACGUGUGAGAACCUCUCCAUUAAACCACGAUAGAGAGAUUCUCGGACUCCUUGGUAUAGAACAAGGGAAUGUACGGUUCAGAAACUUAUACGUACUAAUUUCCACAUGCCUUCAAAGCCGCUUCAGCACGGGAUUCCGACUUUUAUUGUCUAGUCUGCUGAGGAUGCUAAGUGAAUAAUUUCCUGUAUAUCUGCGUUUCAAAGGUUUGGUCUGGCUUGCACUGACACACUUGUUGAAAAUAUGUCAAUCAAAAGCUAUGACUGCUUGGUCCCACUUACCUAAGGGUGGCAUGUGAAGGAGGUUUGUGACGUUGUCUUCAUAAUGAGUCAAUAUUAGGUUUAGUGAGGAUGGGUUCAGAGUCCAUGUAGUACCUAGUUGUUUCUUUCACAUGUUUCACUAGGACACAUGUAGUGAUCGAGUCAACUAUUUUCUACUCGAAAGAAUUUUCUGAAACUCAGUCCACAGAUUUCUCCAGUACACCGUUGGUGCAUUAAAUUCUCCCGAGAUUAGACGCUGAUCACUUAAUGACCAUGUGUUGAAACCGACUAGCAAGACCUCAUUCACCUCACAGCUUGGACUGAGGAGGAGCAAACCAAUCAGACACUCAUUUCCUUUGAAUUUCAAGCGGCAACCAACUAGUUCGUACGUUUCACUUUCAUAGGAUACGUUACCACAACAAUAAAAGGGAUAGUAUUUUUACUGGAUAGAACUACUCCUCCUUUAUUCUUCUGGGUUCUAUCGGCGCUUACCAAUGGAAAACUUACUACACCAUGUUUCUUACUAUCUACGGACUGCGUCAGUCAAGUUUGUGAGACAGUGUUCACGUCCAGUUUGGUGGAGGAUAACUGGACACCUGUUAAGCAAGCACUAGGCAUUUGUGCAACAGAUCUGAAGACCAUUUAUAUGGCUUUGUACUGACUUUAUAUUCCCAUUCCCAGUUAUUGAUCGUCUAUAUAGAAUUCCUAUUGAAAGUAUGUUUAGAAGCAGGUGAUCAGUAGUUUAUUUAGACAGACAUCUGUAGAAUGUGUUCAUCACUUAGCGAAACAAAAUAACAAUUACAGUACCCGAAUAAAAUAAACAAACCUGAACGUAUAUUUUGAUGCUUUGUUUUCAGUGUCAGGCUUGUCCGGUUAGUAAUCCCCUUUUAAAUGUUGUAGUAAUGCUGAACUGAACUAGAAUAGUUAAUUAUAGUACAUGGCAAAAUUUACUAGACCCGACUGCUCGCUAGUAACUUUUACUAUAGGAGGAAAUUAACUGUGAUAGACAUUGUUCGCAAUCCCUCAAACUCAGAAUGUUAGAUGACGUAGGAAGUUACCAUCCAGUUUUUAAUUCCGGAUCCGUGUUUCCGAUGAAACUUUGUGAUUGUUAACUUUAUCGGGUUCCAAACUAAGUCAUCUCCGAUUUUGUAACGUAAUAUUUUCGCUUAAAGCUAACUAACACGUUCAGAUACAUAAUGUGACGUAUUCCUAGAUUAUAGGGGCUUUGUGAGUAGUGUCGCUCUAUAGUUCACAAAAAUUCGUACAAUCACUAAUAUUCAGCAUAACAGUUUUAAAUCAGACAAAUGUCUUCACUUAUUAUGUAAAAAGUAUCCACGUCCAUCCAUGGUUUACGUAAUAUAGGAGUUUACAGUCCGCGAUCCCAAGAGCUCGCUGAAACACAGAACUGAGGCCGAAUGAUUCACGGAAUUUACCUUUUGACUGAUGUUGAUGUUUGUGGGAAAGUAGGUACGGAGAGGAACUAGGAUAAUGAAAGGACUUAUGUACUGAACCACAAGACUAAGCAACACACUAUGAUAACGACAUAAAUUACAAGCAAUCAAAAGGGAACAAAACUCAAAGGAUUGUACUUCAACAUAUCACCCGUAUGAUAAAGAAUAUAAAGUCAGUUUAGUUAACCCCUGUAGCUAUUGACUUAUUUUCUCCCAUUCCUUCUUUAAACUGAAUUCAAUAUUCUUCUCAAAUACACAGAACACGAUUCAUUAUCAUUAUUCUAUUAUUAUUAUUAUUCUCUUUCACAAAUAUGGCAAAUAUAAUGCUAACAUUAUUGAAACACAUGUAGUAUUGCAUUUUUGAAGAAACUCGAAAUGGUUUCUUCACAACAUUUAUGUACCCAUAAGAUGUUUCUCAACAAUAAUACUAAUGCUAAUACUAAUAAUAAUAAUAACAAGUACAUGGUGUAAGUAAACCGCGACAACAAAAGAGAAACUACACUAAAAAUCCGUCCUAAACACAGAGUGCCCCACAAAUGCUUGAUAUAUCUUGACGACAUUUGCUGUUGCAUUUUGCCAGACCAUUGGCAAUAAGAUCGUGUUCGACCGGACCCAAGGUCAUAGUGUGGUUCAGUGUAUGAUCGUUAACCUUUGACUAUCUGCUUAGAAAGUUUGCCAGAAUCCUUGAUAAAAGAUAUCUGAUCCCAUCUUGUUGGGAAUACUUUUAUUGAUUCUCAGAUGCCGAACAGCUAUUUAGCCAUUAUUCUUUCUGUUGUCUUGCACGUUAGUUUGUGCUAGAGAAACUCUCGACUGUAUAGCACAGAUUGUAAUGUGUGAUGUGCUUUGUACUUCUAAUAUAAGUUGUUUUCUUUCUCAAGUUUUAUCCGUUUGAAUUGAAUGUGGAGUUUUUGUUUUGAUGUAAUUUAAACAUGGGACACUCAAAAAUGUUUGAUAUGCUAUACAUCGUAUCAUUAGCAACACAUUUGCAUCGAUUAACACACAGAGGACGAAAACUUUUAUGGACCAGCGAGUGUCAAUAGGCGUUCGAUGCUUUGAAAGCACGGUUAACCUCCCCACCUAUAUUAGCUUUCCCGGAUACUUCAGCAGACGGAGGCGAAUAUAUACUUGAUACGGAUGCUAGUUCCUCGGCUAUUGGAGCAGUAAUAUCACAAGUAGCUCAAGAUGGACACGGAAGGGUCGUUGCUAGUCGACGACUAGAUAAGAGUGAAGCACGGUAUUCCACAACACGUCGAGAGAUGUUGGCACUAGUAAAAUCCUUACAACAUUUUCGUCAUUAUCUACUGGGCAAACCCUUUCGUGUGCGCACGGAUCACCGUGCAUUACAGUGGCUCCGCUCUUUCCGCGAACCAGAAGGGCAAGUGGCACGCUGACAGGAACGGCUACAAGAGUUUGAUUUCACAUGCGAGUAUCGACCGGGAAACUGAUAUACAAACGCGGAUGCCCUUUCCCGAAUACCUCAGACCACAGAUACUGUUAACGCAAUUCUUAGUAUAGCUCUGGAGAAUGAUUGGCCCUCCCUGCAAGAAACAGAUCCGGACCUGCAGAUUAUUUACCAAAGACAGUUACACGGAAACAAUAAGCCAUCUAUGAAGGAGUUAAAAGAUCAACCAUUAAAAACUCGUCGAAUUUGCGCUAAAUGGAGCAACCUAAAACUAUAUGGUGACACGUUAUUCCUAAUUAAUGAAUCGAAACAACCCCUACUGAUAGUACCGCGAGUGAAAGUCGAGAGCAUUGUGGAGCAGGUACAUCGCGAACUUGGUCAUGCGGGAGAACGAAGGACUGAAUACACUGUCCGUCAGCGCUUUUGGUGGCCAUCCAUACAUGAAGAUGUAGUGCAAUUUUGUAAGAAUUGGAACACGCGUUACCGUUUUAAAUCGCCUCAGCAGACACCCCGUGCACCAAUGACGCCGAUGGUGACAACAGGACCACACCAGCGAGUUGGCAUAGAUAUAAUGGGACCAUUGACAACGACAAAAGACGUGAAUCGCUACAUACUGGUUAUGGUGAAUUAUUUCACUAAAUCGUGCGAAGCAGUACCCAUUCCGCAGCAAGACGCCCUUACUAUUGCCCGAGCUUUUAUUGAUCAUUGGGUGUAAAAUGUGAUUGAUUCCACAAUUCAGUGUAAAGAGGUUCAAUCAGAGGUUUCCUCCUUAGACUCGUCUUCGUCAUUUAGAAUCCCAAACGUAUGGACAGUCGAGAGAUUACCUAUGUUGCGCAGGACGGUACCAACGACGUCUCAAAUGAAAUCCUGGACGCAUUUAAAAGACAUAAGUUUUCCUAGAGUACAGGAUGAGAAUGUCGAACUGUUGAUCGGGUGCAACGCACCGAGUGUAAACGAAAUGGAAGAGGUAAGAACUGGAAAGCCGAAUGAACCAUUCUCCGUGAAGACUCUGUUAGGUUGGACGCUGUUCGGUCCCUAUGGGGAACCCUGUAAAAGCAAUCGUGUACUCAAUCACCUCUCAGCUAAAGAGGAAUUAGAGGAUAAGUUUGAACAAUCGUAUUCAACUGAAUUCAAAGACCGACUUAGUCGUACUUCAUCGAUGUCUGUGGAAGAUCGCAUAGCAUCAUCAGAAUCUGCAUAUGGUGUCGCGGAGUAUACUCGUUCCGAAGAUGUCUCUCGUCAAGUUCAUUGUUCGUUUUUAUUAACUAAGUAUAAGGUUGUUAAGCCAAAAACUGAAGCAUCAUCUGCUAAUAAAUCCAAAUCAACUCUAAGAAAGCUUAAGGAAAAGAAGGACAUCAAACUGAAAGUGAAGACUACGAAAAAGCCGAAGACCACUGUAACGAAGAAGCCAGUAACUAAGACCCUGAAGAAGCAGGUAGCACAUAUUCGCCGUGGUAUCGAGGAUGAUGUUGAGAAAGGCGCCCUUGUACGAGUUAUGAACAAGAGUAACGGUGCAUCUGGUAGUUCUAUAGGAUCCAAUGCUAUUCUUAGACAGAUCAUGUGUAGUUGGAAUCAGAAUAAGACAGUAAAUGCCCUUUUAGAGAGAGGUUGUGAAUGGCGCUUUGAAAUUCCGAGGUCUAGUCAACGAGACGGUGUAUGGGGACGCAUCAUAAAGUCGAUAAGAAGAAUUCUGCGAUCACUAUUGUUUCAGAAGGUAUUGAUGGAUGAGUCUUCGAGAGACUUAGUGUUAUUAAACAAUGUUGGCUCACUGAGAAGUCUAUGGUCCAAAGCUAUUGUUGAACAAGUAAGCUAUGGCUUUGACGGACAAGUUCGUACGGCGAAAUUGAGAACCGCAAACGAAGAAACUGCUCGCGACGUACGACGCUUAUGUCUACUAGAAGGAGCCGGCUGUCUGAUGGCAACGACGACCCUGGACAACGGACGUGGUGCGCGUUUCGGGGAGUGUAAAAUGUGAUUGAUAGACGAACCCACCAAUAAUAAGGGAAACGCCCACCACCACAUCAACUCCUUUUGACCUUGUACGACUGUAUCUCUUUAUUAACCAAUCACAGUUUAAUGUUCAUUGUAAAACAAUAUUGGCUUGUUGACUCAUUUUUCCUAUUCUCUGGCUACUGUUCGGUAUGUUAUUUGUCUCUGUUUUUCCCUGUAUUAAUAGACCGUACUGUUUGUUUGUACACUAACGAUGUUAAUUUAUGUUUUAGAAACAGAUAAAGUUUAUCUAGCCAAAUAGCUUGCUUGUUCUGACUUUGGCUAAACCAAGACUCUGUACUCGACAGUCUAGAGAUUAGCUUAGAGUUGAAUCUGUGGGAAAUUGCUUCCUACAUUGGGUCUUCCGUUAUGGUGCCCCAGUCUCACUUCAUUCCGACCAAGCUCCAGCCUUUGAAAGUCAUCUCAUCACUGAGAUAUGCCAGCUAUUAGAAAUCAGGAAGAUACACACUACUGCAUGUCACCCAGAAGGUAACGGCCUCGUGGAAAGAACAAACAGAACUACUAAAGCCAUCUUACAGUCGUUAGUCAGCAGAUCGUCACCUGAGUUAUGGGAUGAUGUGCUUCCUCAAUGUCUUUUAGCAUGUCGUACGUCGGUACACGGGAUUCUCACCUGCUAUUUUACUGUUCGGGCACGAAGUACGCUUACUGGUAGAGAUACAGUCGCCCCUGCUGCCCUGCGAACAACAAGAGCAUGUACUGUACAUACGUACUCUCCGCAACCGCCUAGCUGAUUCAGACCGCCUGGUCAACAUUAAAUUGCGCAAGGCUAACGGACACCCAAAAGACAUGUAUGAUCGUCAGGUGCAAGGACCGAUGUAUACAGUCGGAGAUCGCGUCUGACUACGCCGCCCCAUGACAUCGCUAGGGAGUUGCAGUAAAUUCCACCAGCUCUGGUAAGGUCCUUUCGAAAUUGUCCUCAUCUGAUCCCCACUACGUUUGUAUUGCGUAACAUACAACGACCUAAGGACGACGUGAUAACGGUACACUACAACCAAAUAAAACCGGAUCGGAUGACAGUCCCCUUCGAUGCUCAGUUCGCCGACCCACCGCCGGCCACUAGAUUUUAUGAAGCACCAUCAGAAGGAGGAACAGCAUACCCAUGCCCAAGACCAGGCACUGAGGACAGUGCCUCAUUAGGAGAGAGGGCGAUGUAACGGGGUUAGAAUCAUCAUGUAUGGUGUUGUUAAUAGAUUCUGUUUUUCUUUCUAUUGCAGGGCAACCAAGAAUAGAUGCUUUAGAAGAAGAAGAGCAAGCUCCGCAUGCACUGAACCUACAGGAUGACCCAUAAGACUGUUUUGUAAACUAGCUCUCCCUUCUGUACAUAACCCGAGAAUUUUAAUUUUCGAAAUAAACGACUGGUGGUUCC